GAUGCCUAUGCCAGAUGGUGUGGUAAUGGCAAGCCAGUCGCUCUUUGGCUAGACUGUGAUACCGGACACGAUGUAUGNGAUGCGUUUGCGAUUCUUCUAGCCGCUCAAUGCCCGGCUUUGAGACUGUUGGGUAUCAGCACUAUCUAUGGCAAUGCUCCUCUGGUCAAGACGACACAAAACACUAGAUCCAUCUUGAGGGCGAUUGGCAGAGAGGAUGUGCCUGUGUAUGCUGGUGCUAGCAAGCCUUUUUGUCGUCCUGCUGCUUCUGCUCCUGAUAUCCAUGAUGGCACUACUGUUCUGCCUGAGCCUGGCGCACCGGAGCGUACGGAUAUGUCUGCAGUUUUGGCCAUGUACAAGGCUCUGAUAGCAGAACCACCAAAGACGGCAUGGCUCGUUGCAACUGGUGAGUUUGACUGCCAAUUGACUUCUAAGUUCAUAUCUCAUAAGCUAUANGGUUGUCUGACAAAUGCUGCAUUGCUGUUCAACACGUUUCCUGAUGUGGUUGACCAUAUCGCUGGGUUGACCAUCAUGGGAGGCGCCGUUGGAGGCGGGUUUACAAAUGCACCCAUGGGAUCACUUGAAGGCGAGGGAGAACGUUUUGGAAACUGGACGCCUUGGGCAGAAUUCAACAUCUACAUUGACCCGGAAUCGGCGCAGUCUAUCUUCAGCGACCCCGUGCUUGCCGCAAAGACCACAAUUGCUCCACUGGAUUUGACACAUCAAAUGGUGAGAAUCUGCCAAGAACUGCUCUAUGGGUUUGACAAGGAAGUGGAUGGUUCAGAGGCCUCGGUCCUUCGCGUCCUGUUCAACCAGAUUCUCACCUUCUUUGCCAGUACAUACGCCGACGUGUUUGGACUAACAGAAGGACCCCCACUACACGAUCCCCUGGCCGUUGCAAUGUGCUUCGUCCCAGACCUCUUUGAUGACAAAGGAGGAGAGAGAUUUGCCAUCAAAGUUGUCAUUGACGGUGAACACGGUGUUGACGAGAUUGCGAGAACGACAUCUCAAUGUGGCCGUACCAUCUUGACACCGUUGAAGGCUGGCGAGGCUGGUGUACGUGUGCCUAGAGGCUUGGACGCAGGACUUAUCUGGAGGAUUCUGGACUUGUGUUUGAAGCAGGCAGAGGGCGAGAAGCCCGAGACUAUGGCCAUGUCGGCACUGUGGAGCGUUUCUGAAGACCUU